CGCCUGCUCCGAGCACUGUGUGGAGUGCGAGGCCCUGCUGCAACAUGUGCCUGGCGGUCUGACAGCAGAAACAAACAGCCUUUACAUAAGCUCGUGGAGAUGAUCUUACCAGUGGGAGCGGACUGUGUUUGGACUCUGGUGUCAUAUUCGGGGUCCGGGGACCCGGUAGAGGACGCAGAAACACCCACAGGGGUUUUUGUGAUUCUGCGUCUGGGUCAAGUUUCCUCAACAUCCUCUCCUCUGUGUUUGGCCUGCAUCAAUGGUGUCUCUCAGCAGCAGAACGCUGAGUCUGGAGAAUGACCUGUUCAGGGACAGCAGCAGCAGUAGCAGCAGCAGCCUGUUCUCCCUCGGCCUGGGAGACGGCGCCUGCAGCGAGGGAGCCAGCUUGGCUUCCUGUGACAGCCCCGAGGCAGGGGACUUGGGGGCCAUGCACAGCCCCAGCCUUGGAGAGGACGAAGAUGAGGAGGAGGAGGAAGAUGACGAUGAUGGCACGCGCCUGCAUAUUUUUCUAGAGGCAGCAGAAGAAGAGGAACCUGCGAGUCAAGAGCCUAAGCUACCAGAAUUCCCUUACAACCCCUCUUCCCCAUUCUCCCCGACCCUGGAGGACAUAGAAGAGUUCUUGAGGGAAAAGAUGGAGGUGGUGAAAGAGGGGUUAAUGGCCCCAAAAGAGGAGGCCUCCCCUCUCCCAUGCAGCUCCAGUGACUCUCCAUCUUCCACAACACCCCCGGCCUCCUCUUCAGACACUUGUAGUGACAGAGGGAUAAGUGCCUCACCUCACAAUGAGCGAAACAGCUCCAGCCCUGGCCCAGCUGACCCUUCCCCUUCUGCCCAAGUAGCCCCCUCACCAUCCAACUUAACCCCCUCCAUGCUCCUGGGUGCUCCACUGGUUCUCCAGCUCCAGCCCCUGCCUCUGGCCCAGCCUCAGACCCAAGCAGCCUCUCCCCCCGCAGCCCAAAACAGCAUUUGGCUCACUCAUCUCAUCAUGGGGCUCCAGGGUGCCACAGGACAAAAUGUCACCCUGCUGGCCCCCCAGGUGCCCUCCACCCCCACCACUAUUUUAUCACUAAACAGUGGCGAUACCAAGUCAGCUGACCAGAAGUAUGUGAAGAUCGCCCCUCUUCCCUUCACAAUGAGGACUGUAGAGAUUAUGGGUGUGACUGGGGUUGGGGCCCAGGGCAGUGGCCUGUUGAAGGCCAUGGCCCCUCGGGUGAGCAGAGUGCCGCCUACAGAGAGGGUCCAUAAGUGCACCCACCCAGGCUGUGGGAAGAUGUACACCAAGAGCAGCCACCUGAAGGCUCAUUUCCGCCGGCACACAGGAGAGAAGCCCUACACGUGUAGCUGGCCCGAGUGUGGCUGGAGGUUCUCCCGAUCUGACGAACUCUCCCGUCACCGUCGCUCUCACUCCGGCAUCAAGCCCUACGAGUGCUCGCUGUGUGAAAAAAAGUUUGCACGCAGCGACCACUUAUCCAAACACACGAAGGUCCACCGCGGCUCCAGGCCCAGCAGGAUUAUCAGAGCCACCGUGUGAUACCUUCAGCUGGCCGAAACCCUGCACCCUCCCACCCUCUCCGCCCAGGCUGGCUUAUGACCAUGGUGGGGUUCGGGUCUCCCUCAGGACUUUUGGUGCUUUACGAGCACAACUUUUCAGAAUAAUCUCGAGAGCUGGUUGCUGUUUUCCCCCUCAAUGUUUCGGCGUUUUCCUCUUCUCCCUGCUGUUUACUUUUCACUUGUUCUGUCUGAGCAGCUCAUCUUAUACUGAGCUAACAGCCACCUCAGGAAAAGUGGAUUUCCUGGCCUUCCAACACACACACAGACACAAGAUAUAGCAGGAGGCCCCCUUUUGCAACCUCUGCUCGCACUACUGUUCCUGCUUCCAAACCACCAGGUGCUGUUGAGAGUAGGGUGGUGUUGUAACAGUAACGGGAGCGUCUGUAACUAUAUUAUCUCCUUCCUAUGUUUGCAUUCGCCCGUCAGUCUUGAAGCCAAACUUCAGGGUCCACACGGAUGAAGCUUACCAAUAUUUUUGUGUAUUGUUAAAGUGAAACAUCGUCUUUAGCAUCAGAUUCUGGCCUUGUUUGAAUCAUAAGGCCUCUGAUAGACGCUAUUAAUGAGCGUGACAGUCAUCCCUGUGGGGUGAAAUUGUGACGAAAGCAGUAGAAGACUCUUCUAAGUAUUAGAUUUUCAGAGUUGCAGUUCACUCUGAAUGAACAGUGUGACUCUUGAUAUUAAGAGUAAAAGCUGAGACAUUGAUUCAGUCAUACUUAACUUGUGGCUGUGCUCACAGAAGAAUUCCCCCUAAAUUCUGAGUUUUUAAAAAUCCAAACCUGGCCUUUACUCAUCCAACCACAAUGCUUCCUGUUUUGACCCUUUGUAUGCCUUUGCUCAGUCCCAGUAUGCCCUACUUUCUAUCAAUGCCUUUGUCCAUAUCUCAAAACCUCACCUGAUCCUACUGUUUAAAAUGUUACCAUAUGACUGCUCUUAUUGAACUGUGAUUCUGUGCUGAGGGUUGCCAAACCAGAUAUUCCAGUUGGGCCCUGUGAGAGCAUGAAUAAUGACACCUUUGGUGCGUGACAGUUUAUAAGCUGUUUGUUCUAAGAAAAUUUCUUGGAAAUCAUUGUGCAGCCGACUUAUGUGGCCUAUGAGCUACUCAGCCUGUAUGUUGAACUUUGGCUCCAUGUAUCAAAAGUGCUCGAUGGUUCAAAAAGUGCUGCUCUUUCUUACUUACAGUAGCAGUUACUGUAAACACUUUUUUUUCUGUUGGUUAUAGCAACAAGGAAAAACUAAUGGUUUAAACAGCUUGAAAAGUUGCUAACAUCUAUCCAAUCAUGUGUAUUAGCAUAUACUCAAUAUAAUGUGUACUGAACAUUAAGUACAAUGUGUACAGCUUGUAGCCUUUAUAUUAUAUAGAUGUUUUUUUUUAUCAAAGAUGAUUUUCAAUCAGUGCAUUAAGCUAUUCAGUGGUGUUUCUGGAGAGGUGUCUGGUCUGUUUUGUGAGUUUGAUUGUAGCGUGAUCAAUCUGUAAUCAGUCUGAUCCAUCGACUUGUCAGACUGAUUAUGGUGUGGGAUCUGGAGUCCCACUCUUCCCCAUUCUCUAGCCAUUAAGCCGAAUCUGCUGGUCUCAAGUGCACUUGUGUUUGUGGAAAUAGAGGAAUGGUCGUCAUGCUCUUAUGGAAGUUCCAUUAAAAAUGUAUCAGAACCCUUAAAAUGCCAAAAAACAGGAAAGCGUAUUUUCUCUGGAAGGGUAGACUCCACUGUGUUGUGCAGACACUAUUAUCAUGUGUUCUUUAAACUCAACACUUUGGCUCUUGUUCACCUGCCAGUGUUUCACACACAGACAGAAUAACCGAAAGCUUACCUAACCUUUCUGUAACUAUAACUUACGACUACAGACUGCUGGCCAAUGGCAAUCUUACCUUAGCUUGAACAACAUCUGUGCUUUUGGAUGAACUAAAAACAAGUACAGCACUUUUGCAUGUGGCAGUGCACUGUCUUCUACAGCGAGCACCCAUCCUCAUGUCUUUUUUUAUUAUGGACACACUACGCUUCAUUCUUUUCAAACAACAAUGCUUAGUAAUAUAGAAACCUGCUCAGAGUAGACAGACGGUCAGACGUGUUUAUCUGUCUGAACCAGGGUGCUCUUUGUGUCUGAGCCUCCCCAGGCUGCAUCUACUGACCUACAUCGAGACCUGAAUUCCCUCAUCAUGCAAUUCUCUCUGUUUCUGUCUCAGUCCUUCCUGUGUAUCUGUUGUUGUUGGGUUUUUUUUGAAUACCAGAAAUGCUAUUUUCCUAUUUGCAGAAAUAAAUAACAAACAAUAAAAUGCUGUAUCUUUUG